UUGAUUGAACGAAAUGCAUUGAUAAACAUAAACACCUAAUAUCUGUACUCGUGUACGACUAUUUAAAACACAAAUAUGAGGAUUGUACAUUUUAAACGAAACUGUGUGAAUUAUUUAUUUGCAUUCGCAUUGUUAAGUGUCAUGUUAACGUUGUAUAUUAUCGGUUUAAAGCAAAGUAAACAGGCGGGGACAAACUUUAACCUUAAACAACCGAAGAAGAUAAAGAGGGGAACCAAUUUAGAGCACAUUAAUCAUAUUCGACAUGAUUUUAAAUUGGAAGCUAACAAGUUAACGAUCUCCACAAAAAGCCCGUACUUUGACUCGCCGAGGGGGCGUGCUCCGGGAGCCUCCAAAAGAGAGCCCGACGGAUCCGGGGAGCUUGUGACAAUUGACCGGAAGGGACUGUUUCGAGGACCGGGAUCACAAGGGGCUCUCAAUAGGUAUCUGGGAAAACCAGGAGUCGGUGAACAAAAUGUUGAAUCCCGAGGGUCAGGGCCGCAGGGGCCCACUGACGGAAAGGGUCCCGGCGCGGAUAAAGAGGGGCAACUUCCUGUAUACAUUGUUGAAGAACACCACGAAGUGUUGCCGUACUGGUUCUCAGCUGCAACACGUGGCCUCGUUCCAAAGAGCGGAAACACUCUGGUUCACGUUGACGGACACAGCGACAUGGCGCCGCCUGUGAACGUUCCGGGAUAUCCAUUCUUCAAAUGGCCAGCCCACAGACAGAUAAGAUAUCUCAUGCAAUCGAACGACGUCUUCAUACAGGCGUCUGCAAUGGCAAACUUUAUCAAUAGACUGAUAUGGGUGUGGCCCGAUUGGGAUCUUACCAAUCACGAUGAAAAAUACACCAUGGGAACUCUUAGUCUCGGUACAGUGAACAUGAAGAAGGUCAACGCGCGCCGAAACUCAAAAUCACGUGACCAAGUGGCGUCACAAUUUAGCCCGUUUUGUAUGUGUAUGAAUAACGGAACUGACGUCGAGUGUUGGUCGUUGUUUGACGUCGAGAGAGGUAAUAUGAGUCGGGAACGAGAUGAAUACACACUUAGGUCAGAUUUGUGCGUCAUAAAAAAGUUACUAAUUGUUGAAGAAUUGCACGAGUCUAAAGCAGUGGCAUUUUUUAAAAAUCCAAAGUGGUCAGGAAGAAAUGAAAGUAUAGUCCUUGACAUUGAUGAAGAUUUUUAUGGCUGCACAUACGCAGUAGAACCACUUUUAAACACAAAUUUUAGCAUGGAAAGAUUGAGACGAUUAAAUGGCAUCAUAGUAGAUUUUUUGUGUCCAUUAAAUGCCAGUCAUGAAAAAGCAUCAGACAUAUUUCUAGUUGAUCUCGUUUCAUCUGUACGGAACAAUAGAGCUUGUACAAUAAAUCAAGAAUUGAAAAACUCAUCAACAUGCAAAGAAAUACUGGAUUUGAAAAUAAUUGAUCACUUUAGUAACAAACUUCGUUUGCUGAUUCUUUCAAAGUCUAUAACAACUUGUCAAUCCAAAGGAACAGGAGUGAAUCAGUUCGUAAAAGACUUGGUAAUAUUUUUAGCAAAAAUGCGAAUAAGACAAUUACGGGCAUUACAAUCGGUGGGAUUUUGUGCCUCAACGUCACCAAGAACGCUGAAUAAAGACAACAGAAUGUUUGUGGUCUGCAGCGGCGCUAACACACCGGAAGACAGCAUGGUCCUCGUGCACAGACCUACUGAAAAAGAAAUAACCCGUAGGACAAUAUUUUUGAGGUCAAUUUUAAGGAAUAUCAUGAAGAAAACUCCUGGCUUUGUGACCAUAGCGCGGUCAGUACGGGAUGGGUACACGCCUCGAGAGAAUUUUGAGCAAAUUGAACGGGACGUUCUCACGGCGCUUAACACGACGUCUAGCCAAAGGUUGAAUGUGAUCUACGACAAGGAGCUGCUAGGCGGGAAGCCUGGGUGGCCGGCCAGACAUAAAGUCUGAGGCGGAUACUGAUGAUUGCUCGGAGCGAACGAAGCAAUGCCUGGCGCGAUAUUAAGACUAGAAUUCCAAAGCCACCCUAUAGAGACUAGACUACGGCAGCUACACAUCUAGCAAAAUCUGUAACUGGCCAUUCACUUUUUCUCAUAGAAAUUGAGCUUUGGUAAAAAAAAAAAACCGCUUAGAAAACGUGUCCUUCUUAAACAAUAUUGUACAGCAUACAUUUCACGGCAGUUACAAAGACCAAGCCUUGGUGCACUCAAUCGUGUACAAGUAGUUUAGCUGAAAAAGCCAAAUUUUAUUUAUUGUACUGUUUUCAUAUGUUUUGUUUUAAAUGUCGGUUUAAUAGAAAUAAUGAAAAUAAGUGUAUUGAAAUACCAUCCCCUUGAAUAAUGUCAAUCAAAGAGUUGUAUUUAUUUCCUUAUACAAAGUAAGACCGGAAUCUUUUCACAAUGUGCAAAGCAUAUUGGUCGUAAUUUUUUUUAAUAUUAAUAUUAAUUAAAUAUCUUUUCAAAAUUCCUAAAAAUAUAUCAGGGAUUAUACGUCAUUGUCUCAAAUUAUACCCUAUAACACCUGAUAGACUUUUAAUGAAAGCCAUUUUUUUAAUCUCCAUUUGAUCUGAAAGUUGGCCUUAAGUAAGGCAUUAUCCAUAGACGAUGUGUUAUACCUAUUUUAAGUUAUCUGUGUCACAUAUCAUUGGAUCAUUGAAUUCCUUUUUUCACGCUUCUGGUCGUCUGGUUGUAUUAUUCCAAUUCUUUAGCAAGGAAACCAAUUUGAUCCUAAUACUUAAAGGGGGAACACCCUUACAAGCUGUUUUGCCAAAAUAUUCACUGUCAUAUUUUAAUAGUAAAACUAAUUUUGUCAUGGGCUGAAGAAAACUAUAUCUUAUCAGAUUCUUUGUUUGGAUUCAGAAAUAGAUAUAGCACAGUGGACCAUAUCUUUAUUUUGUACCUUUAUUUAAAAAGUAAAAAAAAGUAAUAACAAAAAGAUCGAAAGCAAAAACGAAGUUGCUUUAUUAAUUACAGAAAAUUCAAAUAUGAUUGUAUUAAUAGAAGCAGACUUUGGUACAAACUCAUAAAAUUAGGAAUCGACGGUCAAUUUUUGUCCUUUGUACGAUCUAUGUAUUGUGAGUUGAAACUUUGUAUAAACUUUGUAUAAAGCACAUGGGAACACUAUCAGAAUGUUUUUUCAAAACCGUCCUUGGUCUGUUUUAGGGGGAGAUAAUUUCACCGAUAUUUAUUUCCCUUUUCCUGAAUGGUAAUGAGAUUCAAUUGCAAGAGAAUAAUGAUACUGGCAUAAUAAUUGAUCAGAUUUCAAAUUAUUUAUUGCUAUUUUCAGAUGAUUCUGUUCUUCUUUUCAUGUACAAGGGCUGGCAUGCAACCCCCCUAAAUUAAAAUGCUUAAUCUACUUAUUGCUGUAAAUCGAAUCUUACGUUAAACAUUGAUAAAUCUAAGGUGUUCGGAAAAGGUGGACGCUUAAGAAGUAUUGGUGAAUGGUUUAAUAACACCUAAGAAGAAAGUGUUAGUAUCUAGGAGUUGUAUUUACCAAUAGUUGAUCUAUAUUACAGGCAACAAAACCCCUUGCAGGAAAAGGGCUGAGAUCUCAUCGCUCGAUGAUGGUUUUAAUUCCUACUUCUUAGGUUUCAAUAAAUAUAAUGUUGAAUAUUUUUAACGCCUACGUGCGAACUGUUAAAAAUUGUGUUUCUGAAAGUUUUGUAAAAUUAGUUUGAAUGUAAAGCUAUCUGCCAAUACGUUAUCUUAUAUUGAAAGACACAUUAGAAUGUUUAAAUAUUUCUUGGAGCUAAAUUCCGUUAACCAGGAGUCUUGUAUAUAAGUGCUGUAUAACGGAAACAAUUGAACAUUGCUACGAAGAAAUAUUUUAUCACGAAUUGGUCCAGUAUCAAUAAUUCGUGAUAUUUUCCAUUAAGAUGGUCUUAAAAACCUAGUUUGGAACAAUCGCCAUACCUACGCCUUCUAGAAAAUAUUAUUUUUUUUAGAAAAAAUGGUUUAGCGCCUAUCUUCACAUACACAAAAUAUUUAAACGGAUAGGCACAAUAAAACUCCGCAAAAUGCGAAAAAUGCACAUUAUGUAAUCUGAAUGCUAUUGAGGAUGACUUUCAUUUGUUCGCAAAUGACCAAUAUACACGUAAAUAUGUCACGAGAUAUUAUUUUACACCCACGAGUUUGAUGAUAAAUAUAUAAUACUGAUGCAAAGAAGUAAUCAAAUUAAUCAAAUACUCCUUAGAAUAUUAGCUUCGUAUUGCGAUAAGUCCUUCGAAGUUAGAGAUAUAAUAAGAUAAUAUUAUUUAGUUUUGCGUGAUUUGGUCCAUAAAACAAUUAUUUAUAGUUGGUGUGUUGUUGCCCUUAUCUCCAAUUGUAUCAUUAACUAUUAUACUAGUAUCAGUCUCAUGACGUCAUCAGAUACAUUCAAUUAAAUGAUCAUCAUUCAAAUCCAUAUUUCUUAACUGUGAUUUAUAAAAUGUCCGUGUAUGUUGACGUAUUACGAUAAUUUCAUUUUAUAAAAACUUAUAAAUAUAUGUAUAUAUAUUUUUCACAUAUCACAUGCCAUGUUUUUUUAUAUAUUUGUUUGUAUGAUUAUGAGCUUAAAUUGCUUAAGCCCAAAAUAAAUAUUCCGUUCU